AGCGGUCCACAACGUAUCCGCCGAGUAGACGUACUCAAAGCUAAACACGAACUUUCUUUAUAAUUGUAUAUAUUUACCUACAUAUGUACAUAUAUAAUGCAUUAUAAUAGAAUGAGAAAGGUGAAGCGUAGUUUGAAUUAAAUUUAAACGGAAAUUAUAAAAAUAUGACGCUAAAAAGUGAUCCAAAACGAAGUGAAUGAACAAAUUUAUUUGAACAGAAACAUUUUUGGCAACCAGUGAAAACAUUUUGAACAUAUGUACAUACAUACAUACAUAUGUAGAUAUGCACGAGAACGUUUAAACAAUUCUAAAACCUAGAAAAAAUACAGAUAUUAAAAUCAAACAUCUGUAUGAAUACACAUACACAUAUGAAAGUAAAUAAGUAUGUGAGAAUGUACAACUUUAAAGUUGACAUGAAUAAAUACUUACGUAAACUAAAAAUCAUUCGAAGGGGAAAUAUGCUUGAUAAUCCGAAAAAAUUAGAAAAAACAUAAUGUCAUGUAAAAAUAAAAACAGACAGUGUGCAAAAAACAUUCUCUCUGGAAGUAUUGUCAUUGACGUUUCURUUACUAAAAAGUUCAGAACCAAACAAAUAAAGGAAACUUUUGGUGUAAAUGUAUAACACUCAAAUUAAUCAAAUAUAUUUUAAUAAAUAAACAAUUUACAAAAGCUAUAAGCUGACGAAUAUUUUACUUUGAGCAUUUGUGAUUUAAAUAAGGAGCACAAUCUUUUCAACCGGACAAAGAAUCGAAAUUGCACUAAAAACGCCUUUUAUGAGACACCAAAUAAAAUGGUAUAUCACCAAUCUUCACCACUGGUUAUUAAGACAGAGAAGCUUAAUCAAGCUCAAUUCUGCACCACUCUACAGACAAGAACAGAAUUAAGUUCUGUUACAACAUCAAGAAUCUUAGAAGCACAUCAACUGCAACACGGCGCUCCAGUUCUAUAUAGCAACAACAGCAAUGUUACAACAAUGCAGCAGCAACAGCAGUUAGCGUCAACAUCAUUACCUCAUACAAGUAUUAUAUCCAUCAAUGAGCCACAAAUGACUGCAGCGAAUAUAAGUUUACCUGACAAUAUCAAAGCAGAACCGAAUAUCGGCAUAUAUGGAACUGCYGUACCUGGCAGAACCACAAAUGCCCCCGCUACGACGUUGCAAGUAAAUGGCAGCGGCAACGUAAACCGCAAACACACUGUAAAUAAGCCAAAAUUUAAAUGCGAACAAUGUGGAAUGACCUUCGGUAGUAAGUCGGCACACACCUCACACACCAAAUCUCAUGCGAAAAGCAAGGAUUUAGUUGGUGUUUCCACGGCAGAGUCUACCAGACGGGCAGAAAUCAGCGAAACUAUUACACCAGCGGGUAUACCAAAGAUGCCAAAUAUGACAGGUGAUCCAUAUCAAUGUAAUGUUUGUCAAAAAACAUUUGCGGUGCCCGCCAGGCUGAUCCGCCAUUAUCGGACGCAUACCGGCGAACGGCCCUUCGAAUGUGAGUUUUGCCAUAAACUAUUCAGUGUGAAGGAGAAUCUACAAGUUCAUCGACGUAUACACACCAAAGAACGGCCGUAUAAGUGUGAUGUCUGCGACCGAGCUUUCGAACACUCGGGUAAAUUGCAUCGCCACAUGCGCAUCCACACCGGCGAACGGCCGCAUAAAUGCUCUGUCUGCGAGAAAACAUUUAUACAAUCUGGGCAAUUAGUUAUACAUAUGCGUACACAUACUGGCGAAAAACCCUACAAAUGUCCCGUUGAGGGUUGCGGUAAGGGCUUUACCUGCUCCAAACAACUGAAAGUGCAUUCACGUACUCACACCGGUGAAAAACCUUAUCAUUGCGAUAUAUGUUACCGCGAUUUUGGCUACAAUCAUGUACUCAAACUACAUCGCGUACAGCACUAUGGAUCCAAAUGCUAUAAAUGUACAAUUUGCGAUAGGACUUUUGGGAGCAAAAAAGAAAUGGAAGCGCAUAUUAAGGGUCAUGCCAAAGAGUUACCAGAUAACGAGGAUGGAGUUGAAGCUGGUGCAGUUAUUGCCGACAACACCAGCAACUCARCAUCUAGCAGUUCGAGUGGCGAAGUAUCAUCAACACCGGCUUCACCUUUAUCAGCUACUCCGUCCGAUGUGGCGUCUGUUAAACCGCGCAAAACAAAGCGUAGUCGCGUUCAAUCUAUAAAAAAAUCUACUUCUAAUACGCCUAACAAGCCAUCGCCAMGAUUCACAUCAUCGCCAAGCUUAUCGCUUGCAUCUACAUCUCGUCUUUCAGAUGGUAUGCCCGAAUCCAUGCCCACAUCGCCACAAACACCACAAACACUGGAAGUCGACUAUCAGAGCCGCGAUAGUGGAGUAGAUAGUGCCAGCAAUAAUCGUCAAUUAUCCAUCUCUUUAGCCGCUAUUAAUUCGACUAACAACAAUGCACAACAUASCUUUACUUAUAUAAUUGAAGAUCUACCAACAGAUCUAAGUAAACAACCUGCACAACCAGAAUUACAACAAACAACAACUACGAAAUUGUAUCCAACACAAAAUUCAUUAAACURUCAUCAGCAAACAGUUCCACCAAACUACAUUUAUCACCAUUUACAGCAACAGAGCAUAGAUUUCGAUCAGUCUGAACUCGAACCACCGACUAUCAAUCCAGCUUUACUGGAAGCUGCCUCUAUUGUGAGGCGGCGUGAUAUGUUAGAUUCUCCACGUGAAGAGGAAGUUACYUUUGGGGGAAUAUUGUUUAAGCAGACACGACACACGGAAAACCAAAACCAAUUUCAACCACAACAUAGAAGCCAUGAUCAUAAAUAUCAGGAGCAAAUGAAUGAACCCGUUUACGAUAUUGAGCGCUCUAACUUAAUAGCAUCACAUCAACUUUCUAUUAGUCAUGAUUUAUCGCAAUACGAUGACACACGAGAGGCCAACGARUUGAUUGAGCAUUACAAACGAGGAGAGCUUGCGCGGCAUGGUCUGCACAAGGGAUACGCACCAGUGCCUAAGUAUGAGCCUUCGCUACUCAACAACGAGAUUGUGCGUCAAGUGGAAGCUGCAAUAGCGCCAUUACGUUCCUCGACUGAAUCGCCAGAACGUUCAUCAUCACCCGAGAGCGACUCCAUGAUGAUGGCCGAUCGUGAUGUAAUGACACUACCGUUGCGCAAGCGUAAACUUUACAUGCACGAAGGAUCACCAAUCGAAUCGUCAGCUAUAAAUGUGCCCACACAUGAAAUGGAAAAGACACUUGGCCAUAUUGGUGUAGCAUCGGGCCGUGUUGAACCAAGCCAUGUCACCAUCGACGCGGUAGCCAAUGCUAACCAUGAAACCGGCGCAAAGGUGAUGCGUAUGAGUUCAGUUAUACAAUUUGCCAAAGCUUCAUAACUUUAAAUAAUCGCAAGUGACUUCAAAUGAUUGCGCAAUAAACUGUUUCAUUUGAGAAAACAAUUAAAGACUGUUAAGCAAAUUUUAUAUUUACGUAAUGUAGCGGAAAUAAAUAAAUGGAAUAAGCUGCGCUAUACGAUAAUUGAUCCGUACACAUCGGAUCUUCAUAGACAAACAAUUUUACGAGUAUAUGCAUUAAUACAAUAUAUAUAGUAUGUAUGUAGGUUUUAAUACUUAGUUCGUAAUAUUUGUUAGCAUUGAUUUUGCCAAAAGUAUUAUUUUAGAUACUGAUAUAUUAGUUAAUCAUUUAUAACAUUGAACUGUGUGUGUGAAUAUGAAUGCCUACAUACAGACUUAAAUGUAUUUCAAAGUAAUUUUUAACUAGAGAUAAAACCUACAAAUUCUUUAUAAACAAAAACGAGCUCGCGAUUGAACAGAAGUGGCAUUAUACUUGUAAUUAUUAUCAUAGUCAAUAAAUACUUAGUUUAAUGUAUGCUAAAAAUUAAUUAAAGGAUAGUAUACACAUUCACACAUAUGCUUAUAAGUAAAAAUAUAACUUUAACUUUU